GAAUGCCAUGCUGUGUGCAGAAGUUUAUAGUGAAAAAGAUGGCUCAUCACCACCUAUGGAUCUUGCUCUUUUGCCUACAAACCUGUCUGGAAGCAGCUGGAAGCGACACAGACAUCUUCAUAGUGAAUGGGAUUCUGGGGGAGUCAGCUACUUUUCCCUUAAAUAUCCAACCAUCACAGAAAGUUACCUUCAUUUCUUGGCAUUCCAAAACAUCUGUUGCUUUUGUAGCACCAGGAAACUUCGGAGAAGAACCCAUAGUUACCAUAACCCACCAAAAUUACCAUGAACGAAUAAAUGUCUCAGGUCAGAACUAUAACCUGGAGCUCAGAAAUCUGAAGAUUGAAGACUCAGGGAUCUACAAAGCUGACAUAAAUGUAGAGACCUCUAAAAUGACCACCACCAGGUCCUACAACCUUCAAGUUUAUCGUCGUCUUGGGAAGCCAAAAAUUACUCAGAGUUUCGUGACAUCUGUGAACAGCACCUGUAAUGCCACACUGAUGUGCUCUGUGGAUAAAGAAGAAAAGAAUGUGACAUACAGUUGGAGUCCACGAGGGGAAGAGGGCAAUGUCCUUCAAAUCUUCCAGACCCCUGACAACCAAGAGGAGACUUACACGUGUACAGCAUGGAAUCCUGUCAGCAACAAUUCUGACUCCAUCUCUGCCCAGCAGCUCUGUACAGACAUCACAAUGAGCCCCCAUAUUCACCGCACUGGACUGAUGAGUGGGCUGGCUGUGCUUUCUCUGCUUAUAAUCAUUCUUUCAGUGGUUUUGUUCCUUUUGUGCAAGAAAGAAGGUUCCUUCUUGAACAACUUCAGUAAGAACCCUGAUGCUUCCUCAAAGAAAACAAUUUACACAUACAUCACAGUUUCAAGAAAAGCCCAGGCAGCAGAGUCCAGGAUCUAUGAUGAGAUCCCCCAGUCCAAGGUGCUCCCCACCAAGGAGGAGCCAGUGAACACAAUUUACUCCAUGAUGCAGUACUCUGAUAAGAUGGAGAAAACCAGCACUCAGAACAGCAAACCGCUUGGGACUUCAUGCUAUGAAAUUGUGAUCUAGGCUUCCAGAUGGAAUUCUCCCCACAGAAACUGAGCUGCAACCACACAUACUGGCAGAUGAUCCAGACCUAGAGUUGUUCUGCCCGGAUCUUACCCAGAGAUUACAGAUCACCAGAUUCCAAAUGUAAGCAAAGAAGGAGACACUCUGUUGCUGGGCAUAACUUGUACUGAAAUAGACAAAUGCAUCAUGCCCUUUCUAAGAUGGCUCACUUCCUAACAAAUAGCAAGGCAGAUCCCUUGGCACAGUGCUUCUCAUCCUUCUUCACACUGCAACACAUGGAGAAAAUAAUUUUUAUGAUAAAAUAGAAUAAACAAUCAAGAUUGCUCAUGGCUGGAGGCUGUAUAUGACUGGAGGAGAUGACUCUUCCCAGCAACCUCAUAUGUGGAGGAUCAAUAUUUACACACCUGUAACCUGCCAUGACACACCACUUAAGAGCCUCUGUUCACACUCAAUAUAUGGGAGAAGCCCUGGUGCAUGGCCUCACCCAGACCCCUACACCUUGGGCAGAUAAGCCUCUCAUUCAAGUGCAUGACUUGAUAUAUGGAGUGUGGACUGCAUUUCAGGCUCUGUUUGUCCCUUUGCCUGGAAACAUUUGUUCAGGGUAUACCUGGCUGGACCAGCCCAACCCUAUAUCACUGUGUGGCAUGGAAAGAUGUCAGAGCCGUGGGUCUCAGCUGUGCAGACACACUCUUCCAGUGGAGUGUUGGAACAUGUUCUUUCUGUAAGGACUAGACUUCUGGGGCAUUUUUCUUUAGACUUCACUUCAGGAACCACAUAAUAUUUUUUUUAUGGCUAAGUUUUCCUUCUGUAUCCCUCUGCAAUGGUUCAUUUUGUGUGUCAACUUAACUGGGACAUGGGUUGCCCAGAUAUUUGGUUAAGCAUUAUUCAGGAUGUGAGUGUGAAGGAUGAGAUAAGCAUUUGAAUUGAUACACCUUGUAAAGCAGAUUAAUCCUCCUCUCCACGUGGGUGGCAUCAUCAAAUCAAUUGAAAAUCUGAAUAUUAAAAAAGGCAGAGUAAGGGAGAAUCUAUUCUCUCUCACUGCCUGACUGUCUUUGAUCUGAGACAUUAGCCUUCUGCCUUGCAUUUGGACUGGAACUUCCACCAUCAGCUUUCCUGGUUCUCAGGCCUUUCAACUCAGACCUCUUCAGCUUGCUUACAGAUCUUAGAAUUUCUCAAUCUCUGUAACCACAUGAGUCAAUUCCUUUAUAGCUAUUUCCUAUAGUUCUGUUUCUCUACAAAACCAAACUAAGAUACACUCCAAACUGCCUCAUCAUGAAAAAGAAGGCAUCUCCAAUAAAGCCAUUCUCCAAAAGGAA